AUGUCGGGUCGUCGUGGUCAUGAAGACAAAGACAGUCCGCAAGCAUCACGAGUAACACGCCCUAGAGGCUAUGUAGCGAACUCUGGUCAGAUCUUCGAUGAACUCGAGGAGGUGGUCGUCGCCGAUUCGGAAAGCUCGACACUGAGCCCGGCCAGCCCUCCCUCGCACUCUGAACAAGAGAUCGAGCGCGCACCGCAGCCGACUCACGCCCCUUCUCCACAACCACAACGGGAAGCACGCGAAGCGAGUGUUGAUAGCCAAGACGGGUAUCAUACACCUUCGGAGUUCCCCGGGGAAGAGCGCGAACCUGCUGCUAGCUCCCAAGAGCAACCUACACGCGAACAUGGUAGGCAAACCACCAGCCCUUCGCCAUCCGAGCUUCAGCCUCGUCCGGGUACCAACACAGCUCCUCCACUAUCUCGUCAAGAAGAGCGUAGCUUAGUCGCCAUUCCCCAAGACCAGACCGCACAGCUUCAUGAAGCGCGGGAACAGAUUGCCAAUAACCGACGCGACGUACAUGCGACUACCGUUCGCCCACCGUCUGAACACCCUUCUAAAGUCGAGCGCAGCCCUGGUGGUAGUAGUCGUGAGGAUCCAGCAUACCAAGAUGUCGUCGUGCGAGAGCCACCCCUAGGCUCCACCGAUGCACCUAUUACCAUUCCACGAACAGAUACCGAGCACACAUUCAAGACAAGCAAAGUCAUGCAGUUCCUAGCAGCGUAUGGAAGCGCACAACAAAGGCCAAACCUCAUCGUUGACUUCAGUACACCACUUGGUCAGAGGCAGAUGCUGGCUCUCAUUCAAGACUUCGCUUCUUGGUGGGCUUCCAAUGGCGGUUGCAUAAAGCGCGGAAAUCUUGGUCUCGAAAUGCCUGACCUUGCCGGGCUCUUGUUCCCGCAAUAUGAUGGCUUGACAACGAUGAUCAUGUCUAAGCAAUCCACUCAUGUACCACAACCCAUCCGGCAACGUCUCGACGAGGUGUUUUGGGAAGGCAUGCUCUUUUGGUUUCGUACUUCCGAGUACGCGGUGGACCCAAAACAGGUCUUGGGGGACAAAUGUGGCUUGACUGCGCAUGGCAAAGCUCUCUCAGGAUGGAGGAUUUGCUUAGUCCAGAAAGUCUUCCCCAACGUAGUCCUAGUUACUUGGGGCCGGACUUCUCAAGGCCAUGAUCUGGACAAGAUACACCCUGGGAACCGUUGGCAAUUCAUGCGACUACUUCCAUUUGACCGUCGAGGUUGGCCCGAAGAUGUUUUAAGGAAACAUAGCCCCCAUGACAAUAUCCUCAUGCAUCCAAAGGAAGAUGAAGGCUGGUCAGUCCAGGAGUUGAAGACACAUUGCAACUUCAAUGUACUUGUUGCCAACGAAGUCAUACCCACUCAGGGUUUCAUAUUCGCAGGAUAUCUCACAGACGACAGUCUUGGUAUGGUUAAGUGGGUUCGCAAUGCCGCUUUUGUUGGGCUUGCCGAGCUUAAGUACAUGCCUCCAACCCCAUCUGGAGUCGACGAGGAUGCAGUACGGCGAGGUUUGGAGAAUAACCACUAUCCGCGGCAGCAACCAACCGGCUCUAUCAAGCCAAAGCUGUUCCCUGCAGCGUACCGAAUGCCAGCACCUCCCCCAUCCCUACUGGUCCUCGUGGCACAGGUGGCGGUAGGCCUCGCAAUCGUCCCGCACAUGGUCCUGGAAGGCAACGUAGUCGGUCGCGAAGUCCACUACCUCGUGAACGUCAAGCUGACCGAAACGGAGACUAUGCUCGAGGUUACCCUGCAAGAAGGCGACGACCGCCCUGCCGACACGCGUCUCGGCGACAAUAUCAACCGUCCUGUCUUCAUGCCAGUGAACAACGUGAUGCAAGAUGGAAGAUAUCAGCCUCACGUUAUCCAUAACCAUGCGUCGCGCGAUCACGACGACAACCGCAACCCCGAGCGUGAGAACUACGAGGACGAUCGUGGCCGUGACAGAGCUGAACAGGGUGGCGCGUACCAGCAUCCUGAGCGGCGCGAUCACGACCACGACCAGGACCGCGGUCCCGAGCGUGAACACUACGAGGACGAUGGUGGUCGUGGCAGGCAUGAGCAGGGUGGUGAGUACCAGAACGGGGAUUUACUCAACUAUGGUUGA